UCCCUCGCAAAGUGCAAAACCCAUCGCAACUUCCCAAUUCUCGACCUCGUCGUCUCCCCACGAAAAAACCAGAACGUCACCGCCCGUUCUAAUCUUUCCUCUAAUCCGCCCUUUCCGAUCCUUGCUGACUUGCCUGGCGCAACGUCGGAAUCUCCCCCACAUCCGAAUACCUGGAAGGAAGCAAUCGCCCUCCAGUACGUUCCCAAUAGUGAAGCGAGCAACCGUCGUCACCACCACCUUCAGCCACUCUCGUGCGGAACCCUCCCACUUUCCAACUCUUCCACCUCACAACCGCGACCAGCGACCUCUUUUCCCUUUGGCUUCUUCAACCUCCGAGAUAGCCUAACUCGCAUUUUCCUCCAGAGAUUGCUUCCCAGCGCCUCUGACGACCUACUCUACCCCUCAUCGGUCCGAUCCGUAAUCAGCCCGAAAACACCAGAACAAAUCCAUUCACGAUGGCGACUUCUGUGCAAACACCCACGAACCCCGACCAGCAGGUCGACCUCUCCACCAUUCCCAUCUCCCCCGAGGGUGGCGAGAAGAGCGAGACCAAGGAGAACGACUCGGAGAAGCCCGUUACCGUUUUCCACGACAAGGAGAACUUCAACGUUAAGCACCCUCUGCAGAACAAGUGGACUCUUUGGUUCACCAAGCCCCCCAGCGGAAAGGGUGACAACUGGAAUGACCUUCUGAAGGAGGUCAUCACCUUCAACUCAGUCGAGGAGUUUUGGGGUGUCUAUAACAACAUCGCCCCUGUCUCCGAGCUUGCCCUCAAGUCCGACUACCAUCUCUUCAAGGCCGGCGUCCGCCCCGAGUGGGAGGAUGCCCAGAACAAGCACGGCGGCAAGUGGUCCUACCAGUUCAAGGAGAAGCGCAGCAUCCCCAUCGACGAUCUCUGGCUUCACGUCAUGUUGGCCGCUAUUGGCGAGACCCUCGAGGCUGAGGACGACGGAGAGGUCAUGGGUGUUGUCGUCAACGUCCGCAAGGCUUUCUUCCGUAUCGGUGUCUGGACCCGUACCAUUGGCAAGAGCAUUCCUGGCCGUGGUGACGGAGAUGUGGCUGGUGGCAAGGGACGUUCGCAGGAUAAGGGCCGUGACAUCCUCCUGAACAUUGGCAAGCGCUUCAAGGACAUCCUGAACCUCCCCGCCAACGAGGUUGUCGAGUUCUCCGGCCACACGGACAGCGCACACAGCGGAAGUAGCCGUGCAAAGGCCAAGCACACUGUCUAAAGCGAUGGACACAGCCUCUGAAAAAAAACCACAGAAACGAAUUACACAAGCUUGCACCACAUGCUCACUAACGCAUUUUAUUGGAACCGAUGGGCUCCACCACCUAUCGAGAAGGCCGACUUCCGUCUGCACGAUAUCACUUCUCGUUGCACUUUCUCAGCCGACUUCUUUUUUUUAUUUUUUGCCUGAUGCCAGUGGGGGGAAUACGGGGGCAAUGCUACGCUAUGCAUCGAUGAUAACGCAUCUCUGGGGCGGAAAAAGUUCUCUCUUAUGACAGUCCUUGGAGCUCGACGAAGGCGUUUGCUGAGAACGAAAAAAGAGAUCAAUGGGUUUUAUGGAACUUCUAGACGGCCAUGAUCGAUAGUACAUAGGCGGAUGCGAAAUAUCCGGAAUAGAUACCUAGGUUUAGGCCAGAAUGCCCUGGUGCACGCACCCUUUAUAAAUUGAAGGGUGUUAAUUAUGCUUCUCCUUGGCAACAAGAUAUCAC